AUGAUAGGGUGUCGACUCCGCAUCACAACUUUGCUCUUGCUGCUAGCGACCAUCAUCUGCAGCGUUCGCGUCGAGUAUGUGGAGGCCGAAGUGGUACCGGCGCGUAUGCUUCGCAAACAAGUGCAGCAGGAUGAUGCUGACUUGCAACCCAGCGCUACUACCACGUCCUUUGAAUCGAACGGCAAAGUCAGCAAUACCAAGCCCGUCGACGACACGAACGCUUCGGCUCACGCGACAACUGAACCAAGUCACAAGGGAAGCGACUCGGGUCCUGAGGCUGCCGGACCGGGUCACGAGGCUCCCGACUCGGGUCUUGAGGCUGCCGGAUCGGGUGACGAGGCAGCCAAACCAGCUCACGAGGCUCACGACUCGGGUCUUGAGGCUGCCGGAUCGGGUGACGAGGCAGCCAAACCAGCUCACGAAGCACCGACUUUUAUGAUGUUUAUGGGACCUGCGGUCGCCGGUGUCCUGGCCAUUGUACUUAUCGGCAGCGUCAUUGCCUUUAAGAAUCGUAAGAGUAAAUGA